AUGGCUGCGGCCUUGCCGCGGACGCUGGGGGAGCUGCAGCUGUACAGAAUACUGCAGAAGGCCAACCUGCUGUCCUACUUUGACGCCUUCAUCCAGCAAGGCGGCGAUGACGUCCAGCAGCUCUGCGAAGCCGGAGAAGAGGAGUUCCUGGAGAUCAUGGCCCUCGUGGGCAUGGCCAGCAAGCCCCUGCACGUCCGGAGGCUGCAGAAGGCACUGCGGGACUGGGUCACCAACCCCGGCCUCUUCAACCAGCCGCUCACCUCCCUGCCCGUGAGCAGCAUACCCAUAUACAAGCUGCCCGAGGGAUCGCCCACCUGGCUGGGCAUAUCCUGUGCCAGCUACGACAGGGGCAGCGGCGCCCGGGAACCGCACGUCAAGGUGCCCAAGUGCGCGGCCAUCACGUGCGUGCAGAGCCCGGGCCCCGGCAAGCCCGACGGGGCGGGGAGCCUGGCGCUGCAAGGGGUCGGGGAGCCCCGGCUCUGGCAGGGCCCCCACGGCACGGAGAGCGAGCACAGCCUGUCCCCCGCCGACCUGGGCUCCCCCGCGUCCCCCAAGGAGAGCAGCGAGGCCCUGGACGCCGCGGCCGCGCUCUCGGUGGCUGAGUGUGUGGAGCGCAUGGCCGCCUCGCUGCCCCGGAGCGAGCCAGGCGAGGCGAAGGAGCUGCUGAAAGCCAACAAGAAGCUGGCCAAGAUGAUCGGCCACAUCUUCGAGAUGAGCGACGAGGACCCCCGCAAGGAGGAGGAGAUCCGCAAGUACAGCGCCAUCUACGGCAGGUUCGACUCCAAGCGCAAGGAUGGCAAGCACCUCACGCUGCACGAGCUCACUGUUAACGAAGCGGCUGCUCAGCUGUGUGUGAAGGAUAAUGCCCUCCUGACGAGAAGGGAUGAACUUUUCGCACUGGCGAGGCAGAUUUCUCGAGAAGUCACCUAUAAAUACACUUACAGAACCACCAAGUCAAAAUGUGGAGAACGAGAUGAAUUAUCCCCGAAGAGAAUUAAAGUGGAGGAUGGGUUUCCGGAUUUCCAGGACUCUGUGCAAACCCUCUUCCAGCAGGCCAAAGCUAAGAGCGAAGAGCUCGCUGCUCUCGGUUCCCAGCCUGAGAAGGGAGUGACGAAGCAGAUGGAGUUCCUGUGCACGCAGACCGGCUACGAGCGGCUGCAGCAGGCCGAGAGACGGCUGUCCACGGGGCUGUACCGGCAGAGCUCAGAGGAGCACAGCCCCAACGGCCUGGCCUCCGACAGCUCCGACGGACAAGGAGAAAGACCCUUGAAUCUCCGAAUACCUAACCUACAGAACAGACAGCCCCAGCAUUUUGUGGUGGACGGGGAACUGAGUAGACUUUACCACAGUGAGGCCAAGUCCCACUCGUCAGAGAGCCUGGGGAUUUUAAAAGACUACCCUCACUCCGCUUUUACUUUAGAGAAGAAAGUCAUCAAAACAGAGCCUGAAGAUUCAAGAUAG